GACACUGUUUGGAAUUUACUAAAAAAUUACCCCGGUUUUAAUCGUUAUUUUGGGGGAAUGACGUUGGGAGAAUUCCUAUAAAACCAAAAUACUUUUAACUGUUAAAUACUGCUGGACAGAAGCUACGUGUAAAUUAUCUCCCAUUUAUUAUAAAUACCUUCUAAAGAAAAUGGGAAAAGGCAAAAAUGGAUUGCCUGACAGAUGGUUGGACUAUAUAUCCAUUGGACAGGAAAUACGAGGAGUCCCGAUUAUUGCCUGCAAAGUUCCUUUGAGAGAGGACAUGCUUCACCGCAAUCUCAGACGAGAACAUUGGUUCACGCCCGACAAUUUAGUGGAAAUGGUACCUAACGUUGGUUGUAUCGUCGACCUCACUGCCACUAGUCGAUAUUACAAUCCACAGGUUUUCAUCGAACGCGGGAUCCACCACGAGAAGAUCUUUUGCGAAGGACGCGUCAUCCCGAAAGCGACGACAGUGAGAAGAUUCUUUCAGGUGGUGGACGAGUUUCUUCACAGCGUCAAUUCCCGAGGCAAAGUUUUGAUGGUGCACUGCACGCACGGGCUCAAUAGGACUGGUUAUUUGGUGUCGAGGUACAUGGUAGAGCGACGAGGAUUCCAACCGGCCGACGCCAUUGCAGCUUUCAACGAGGCUCGCGGUCAUUGCAUAGAACGCGAAAACUACCUUGAAGACCUCCAUAGAAGGAACACGUGCACGGACCCUGUCCCGCUCUAUCAAAAGAACGAUGCGGAUUAUCACGAUCACGACCAAGCUUGCGCCAGUUACGAGCAUCAACAGGAACGUCCGACCUCGGCCAAUGGCUUUAACCGUUACGCUGGCCAAGCUCGCAGAUCAGAACCGAUUGAGCAACUGCCUUUCGACGGCCAUCGAGAUCCUCAACGCCACUCGUACCCUCAGCCUACGUACAACGCUCGGCCUUCGGUUCACAACGAGAGACCCGCUGACCAACACUUACAAUCAUAUAGUUGGCGUCAGGGACAAGGCUCCAGUAAUCGCAGUCACGGCCAUCCGAGCCAACGCGCUAACAUGCCAUCGACAACUGCGUACCACGGUCGCACAGAGAGUCCCGUGCCUCCAGUUGGGUACGAUGGUGGUCGCCAGAGGAGUUCGUAUUAUUACCGCAACGCGUCUACAUCCGAAGCGCCAGCCGUACCGAACCACAUACGCUUUACGGACCGUUCACUGCCUCGCGAGAGCGCGGUCCACGUGGAUAACUGGAACGAUAGAGCCAAUUCGGCCAACGGGGACCGUAGUCGUUCUAGUUUCAAUCAUCUAGUGCAACAGCGUGGCAAUACCAGGCCGAUAUCGCCAUCCGUUCAGGUCGUAGCUGAGCGUCGUAGCAAUGCGUCUGUAUCUUCGUCCUCAAAGGCCCGUGAGCGCAGUCUGAACCGCCAUCAUCGCGAUGUGUCGGAUAAUCAGUCGACGUCGUCGAUCGAGGUUUGCUACGAUAGUCGCCUAGUGGAACCUACUGCCGGCCACGACUUCCGCCAGCCUAGUUCCAAAGAAAAGCCUCGAGAUCAUCAACGUGAACGAUCUGGAUCGGAACAAGCCGAUCGUCGUCCGUCCGGGAAAAAGAUGCGCCAUAGAACUGCGAAACGUUUGAACGCGGAUUCUUAUGGAAGGCAAUCGAACGAUGUGGAUUAAAAAGAAAAAAAGGAUAUCCCUGACUCCGAUCACGUCGAUUCCCAAAUGCUAGAGAAAAAACAAAAUUUAACAAAGAAUUUUCCUUGGGUUUUUAAACCCAAAAUUUUUAUCGCAUUUUUAAAGAAAACCAUUUAGAUUUUGUUUUUUUUUUUGUGUGUGUGGGUAUGUGUUUGAAUCUUGGAACGGCGACUACCUUGUGUCAGUUUCAAGUAUCAAAGUUCUCUUUGGGUUUCGAGCGUGUCGGUAUCCUAUAGCUCGCGAGAAAUUUCACUCUUGCCGAGUUUUAGAAAUGGAAGAAAGCGACGUCGACCAAUAAACAAAUUCUGGCGAGUUAAAAAUA